AUGAUUUUGUACAUUUGGCUAUUGAUUACCCUCGCAAGGAUUACCAGUGGAGACAUUAUAGCAUAUGAUUGCCAGGACCAAUCGACGGAAUUAACGAAGGUUUCUCUAAUAGACGUAAAACCAUGUGUGGACCCAAAGAAAAAUUCAUUCGAGGAACCUAAACGAAUUCAACUAUUACAAAGGAGAAAAUAUACGUCCGUCCAUGUGUACACGUGCCUCGUUGUCGUUAGACAAAUAGUGCAUCACUGCGGGAUGUUUUCUCAUACCAGCAUUGUUGACGGAGGAUUUGGGAAACAAGUACAUCUAGUUGGGCAUGAAAACUGCAUCAAGGCCCAUCGUUUCCGGACACUGGACUUAAGCGGGAUUGGAGCAGGAGUUUUGUCACAACUACUGUUAAACGGAACAACUGAAGUAUCAGUCACACUUCGAGGAAGUUUGAAUUUAAGAGGUGAAUGCCACGGAGAAAGUUUCACAAUUCAAGGAACCACUUACAAAGAUGUUGUGGUAUCAGCAGCUGUUUCUAUUACCUUAAAUGAUUAUAGCACUACGGUUGAUGUGGACAGAAACGAAGUACAUUUAAAAACCGGUACUGUUUGUCCUUUUAUUGAUGAAUACUGUUUUGAUGAUGUUGAAGGAGAAGCCGCAUACAAGAACAUACCAGAAAAUGUAUGCAGUAGCUAUGGCGUUGAUGUACUUUAUGAAGGUAAUGCUACUCUUCUCACUGUAACGCAGAAUCCAAUCGACCAGUAUAUCAUUGUAAAUACCCAACAUCGUGUAUUUGCACUAAAGCUGCUGAAGAAGCAAGAUUUAUGUUCCGAAAUGGCAUGGCAGACAGAGGAUAAUCGAGUUUUGGUUCUAUUUGGAGAUGAUAACCGUGAGUUUUACUAUAAACCAUCGGAAAACUUAAGCAGAAACAUAGACAUGUUAUUACAAUAUCUCAGUAAAAUGCUAUACUUGGAACUAGCAUUUUUAAAAAGCAAUUCUGAGUUAGUCUAUGAAAGUAUAAUCCAGAGGUGCCGUCUCAGGGAAAAGGUACUUAAAAAUAGGAUUACUCUUGCAUUACAAACACCUCAUGCAGUGGGUAAUUUGAUUAAACAAUCAACAGGUUUUAUUAGCAGAGUUAUGGGAGAAGUGUUAUAUAUCGCUAAGUGUAAACCUGUAAUUGUUGAAAUCAGGAGAACAGACAAGUGUUAUCAGGAAUUACCGGUUACGUACAAAAACCAAUCCAUGUUUAGGACAUCGUUGACUCACAUCAUGACAUCAUAUGGAACCGAAAUUGAUUGCCAACCUCUACUUCCUCCAAACUUUUUCAUUGACAACAGAUGGAUUGAAAUAACUCCUAGAAUCCAGAAGACUGAUCCAGCUUUUGUUUUGAAUCCCAACGAAGAAAAGGACGUGAUAGAAAUGAGUGGAAUUUCACCGAUAAGUUCACACGGAAUAUAUACAAAAGAAGAGAUGCAGACGUUCCAGCAAACAUUAUUGUUUCCAAAUGAGAAAAAGGCUAUCACCAACACAAUUGCAAGAAGGAUUAUUGGGAAGCAAACGUCAGAUAGUUUCUACUUGCCUAAUGUGUUCACACCGCAGGAAUUCAAGAAUCUAGCCAGAUCUGCAGCCGAAGAAGUCUGGGGAUUCUUAUCAUGGAUGGGAAAUAUAUUCUCAAUUUGUGGUUUCUGUUAUACCGCAUUUUGUGUAGUAAUAUACAUAACAAAUGUAAUCAACAACUACUUGUCUCUAAAAAAGUUAACAGAGGACCAUCCAAAAAGAAAGAAGAUUCUAUUGUCGAGUCUAUGGCAGAAUCUUGCGCACAAAUAUUUGAUCCAAUUGUCAAGGACAGAUCAACCAGUUCAACCAAUCACACUAGAGGAAGUGAUUGCAUCAGCACCGAAAGAGGAGGACAUUUUUCUGGAAAAACAUCAUCCAGCGAUUCCAACCAAUGAACCUCAUGUCUACCCUAAUCUGCCAGGACAACCAUCCAAAAGACUGUGUAAUAAAAUAGACUGCAAAGAACCAAGACUGUGUAGUUAAGUGAAUGGUGAUGUGCAUUAGUUUUAAGAUUUUGUAAAAUUAUAUAAUAAGGUCGAGUUAUACUUAUUGUUUUGAUAAAACCAAUUCAUUAACGUUGUCACUUAAAGAAUUGCUUUUCUCUAAAGGGGGGAGUAAUGUAAUAAGAGCAAGAAAACCGUUAAUAAAUGACUUCGUGGGAGAAUUUUUAGACCACCACUUUGUUUAGAUUCUCACGAAUUUUUUCAUAUUUUUAUGGGUUUUCUUAAAACUAAUCUUACAUUUGGUUAUCGUAAAAUAGUCGUAAAAUACAAAAUUUAUUUUAAAAAUUACUUAUCCUAAUCUAAACGUUCGUUGAUUUUUUUUAACACAUGUGAUCUUUUCGAACCCUUAUCUAGUGUCAGAGUGUGGUCGCACAGUGGGUUCGAAGUUUAAAUAGUGAUAUUUUAAUAUAGAACUUAUUCAGUAAUUAAAUUAAAUUAAUUAAAGGAAAAUGUAAUAAUUUACUCCAACAUGAAAUUUUAGAGAAUUGUAACUUUGUUCUUUUAUUUUUUUUGUCUUAUUUAAGUUAAUGAAUUGAUUUUUAAAAGAUUGAAAAAUGUUUGUAAGUACAAUGGUUUUUCCUUAUGCAAGCAACAUCAAAAUUAUAGUUAUAUUGUAAUAAUGUAUUGUAUUGAAUUAUGAAUUGCAUAAGGUUUUUUAGACCAAGUACAUGAAAGUUAGAGUAGGGACAUGACAGGGAAACAUGUCGAUCAAUUUGGCAACAAUGUUGUUCAGGACUGAAAAGUAUGUUUUUAACAAACAACCCUAUUGGUUGGAAUAAAAUCUCUGUGGGGGAGAUUUCAGUACUUCGGUACCACCCUUUUCUCACCCCACUUAAUUCUGAAAUUAUAAAACCUUAAGUUUCAGUAGUUUCAGUAGAUUUUAUUCGAAACUUUCAUUACAGUAUUUUCUGUCCGUUCACGCACAGUAAUUACUUGUGAUUGUUUUGUGUUUUUUCUUUGUGUGGUGCAUACUUACGUAAGUCCUACUGUUUAUUUCACGUGUUAAAGUUUAAGUUCAAAUCAAACAGCCUUUUUGCCAAAUUUCGAGUAAUGAAAUUUAUUCAUUUUCAAUUAAACUUUUAUUUGUUCUUUAU